AUGACCCAUUUCUUACUUGACACUAUCUUUGGUACAUUGAUUUCAACACUGUUCAACGUCGACUUCAUCAAACAUCCUGAAGACCAAGACACUUUUCAACUAUCGUCAGCGACAUCAUCAUGGCAAGAUUCUUUCGAAGAACAGCAUGCUACGUCGAGUCAAACUCCCUCCAUACUCGAAACUCCAGGCGACCUCCAGCAUGCACGAAACAAACGAGACGGUACCUCAGAGUCAACUGUGCUGACCUCGGCUCCCGAUGAUACACCAUGGAAGUUAAGCGACCGAACCGAGGCCUGCCAUGGAUCUACAGGUACCCGCAAUGGCUGUAGUGGUGAAGUCAUCGUCGUCAACUGGUACACUAAUGAAGAUCCUGCAAAUCCGAUCAACUGGUCCAAAUGGAAGAAGUUGAUUGUCUUCUUCAUCAUCAACUAUACCUCCUUCGUAGUAUAUAUGGCGUCUUCCAUCUACGCUCCGGCCUAA